AUGGCGUCCUCACAACCCAUCAAGCUCGCUGUUUUAGACGACUAUCACAACAUCGCGCUCCAGCACCUCGGGCACCUCCCAGCCUCCUCAGUCCAAAUCACAGUCUUUAACGACACACUCCCAUCCUACACGCACCCCAAAACAACCGAUGGCGAGCGCCAAGCUCUGGUCGAGCGCCUGCGGCCCUUCUCCGUUCUUGUCACGAUGCGGGAGCGCACCGCGUUUCCGGGGGCACUACUGCGGCAGCUUCCGAAUCUGAAGACGAUAUUCGGUACAGGCGGCAAGUUUGAAAGCUGGGAUCUCGCGACGAUGAAAGAGCUCGGUAUCACGGUUUGCGCUGCGCCGGGCAAAGGCCGGACGGACGGCAAGGGAAGCGGACAGUCCCCGCGCUCACUGCCGGUGACGCAGGGUGGUGGACACCCGACAACGCAGCAUGUGUGGGCGUUGAUUCUAGCGCUGGCGAGGAACGUGGCUGCCGAUGAUGCGGUGGUGAAGGGUAAGGGUGGGCCGAAAGGUUGGCAGACUGGGCUGGCGAUGGGCUUGCAGGGGAAGACGUUGGGGCUGGUGGGGAUGGGAAGGAUUGGAUCGCACGUGGCACGGGUGGGCGUGCUUGCGUUUGGGAUGAGGAUUGUCUGCUGGAGCACAAACCUCACGCAGGAGAAGGCGGAUCUGCUCGCUGAAGAAGCAGGACUGCCGGUCACAGGAGGAGGCAUGGUUGCUGACGAUGAGAAGACAUUCAGGGUGGUCAGCAAGGAAGAGGUGUUCAAGAAAUCCGACGUGGUCUCACUGCACUAUGUGCUCAGUGAGCGCUCAAGGGGCAUUGUGAGCACGAAAGAAUUGGAGUGGAUGAAGCCCUCUGGAUUGCUGGUGAACACAUCGCGCGGCCCUCUUGUAGAUGAAGCAGCACUUCUCGACACACUUCGCAGCGGUCGCAUAGGCGGCGCCGCGCUCGACGUAUUCGACAUGGAACCGCUGCCAGCUGACAGUCCCUGGCGGAACGAAGAGUGGGAUGUGAAGGGGAAGAGCAGAGUACUGUUGACACCGCACAUGGGCUACGUCGAGGAGGGUAGGAUGACGAUAUGGUACGAGGAGAUGGCAGAGAACGUGGAGAGGCAGCUUCAGGGGGAGGAGCUACUCCAUGUCAUUGUUUGA